CAAAAAUAGUUCCGAAUUUUGACAUAUUUUCACCGACUGUCAACAAUGCAAAACUGCUAGAGUUGCUACGCAUAUUUUAAUCGACUUACAGAAGAUUUUAAAUAAAAUAUUUAAGCAUCAUGUCAGAUGAUAAGCGUCGUGGUGAGGAGUCGGUGGAGGAUGGUGGACCAGGUCUUGUGUAUAUGCCGUUUGUGGUGAACGAGGAACUCCUAGAUAAGCUACGACUGCUCAACUAUGAAACAGAGUUUAUCAAACCCCUCAACAUGAAGAAUUUUAGCAGGCACUAUUUUGCUAUUGCCACAAAUUCUGGAGAGCAGUUCUUCAUGUUCACAUCACUGUCUGCCUGGCUACUGAGAUUGGCAGGAAGGGACUUUGAACAGCCACAAGAGUAUGAUGACCCAAAUGCCACCAUUUCUGGCAUCAUUGCUGAAGUUAAGAAAUUUAACUACUCUGUAGACUUCCCUCCUUCCAAACUGAAGCAAGGCGCUGGGGAACAUUGUCUGUACAUCUUGGACAGACUCGCAGACGAGGCAUUGAAGCAUACAAACUUCAGAUGGGGAAAACCGGAGUAUCCAGAGGAGGAGAUGGAAGAAGAGAACAUUGUUGAGGAUGAUGCUGAGCUUACACUCAACAAGGUGGAAGACAACAUAUUUGGGGCUGGUGGGGACGAGGAUGAGUUUGAAGAUGAUGAACCUAUGAUGGACCUUGAGGGUCUCCGCAAACUCAACCAGAAGAAUGAUGAGACAUCCAAGCCUGAGGAGAUCAUGGAAUCCACUACAGAUGCAGCUGACUGGAAGAUGGAAGUGGAACGGGUUCUACCACAACUCAAGGUCACCAUUAGGACAGAUAACAAGGACUGGAGGGUUCAUGUCGAACAGAUGCACCAACACAAAGAUGGCAUUGAAACCUCCCUCACCGAGACGAAAACCUACUUAGACAAACUCCAUGACGAGAUCACACGGACGUUGGAGAAGAUUUCUAGUCGUGAAAAGUACAUCAAUAACCAGUUAGAGCACCAUUUAUCCGAGUUCCGAGGGGCACAAGAUAGUCUUGCAGAAACUAAGGAGCGAUAUCGUCAAGCGAGUGGUGGAGUUACUGACAGGUCAAGGCUAUUGGCAGAGGUGUCAGAGGAGCUGGAGAAGGUGAAGAUGGAGAUGGAUGACCGUGGAUCCAGUAUGACGGACGGAGCUCCAUUGGUGAAGAUAAAGCAGGCCAUUGGCCAACUCAAGAAGGAAAAUACAAACAUGGAUAUCCGGAUGGGUGUAGUGGAACACAUUUUAUUGCAGGCCAAACUCAAAGACAAGACGUCCCAAAGCAAACAGGCCCAUACCACAGCGGCCCCAACUUCUUACUGAGGGAGAGUUUGUGCUGUUUGACCUACAUAAAUUAUUUUUGACUUAGUGAUUUAGACAUGAUUUGAAGUCAUAUAAAUGAAAAAUCUGAUAGCACAGUGGCAACUUAAAUACCUACACUAAUACAAGACAUACCAAAGCAAGCUUGUACAUUCCAUUGUGGCCCUAACCUCAUACUGAGAGGACGGCUUGACUUAUAGAUCUGGUUUUGUAUGACAUACCAUUUCGGUCUUAGGUUGUCUUCUUAAGGUUGAUAUGUUUAAUGUAGAUGUAUAUCUCUUUAUGAUAUAGAGUUGCACCUCAAAGUAUACAUAUAUAACUGCAUAUCCUCCAUAUUUAUUGGUGGACCUCUAAAUUUAUGCACUUUACGAUUCUCUAAAUCAGAUGGAUUCUUCUGAUUGCUUCAAGGGACUUUUAACCCAAAUGGUACGUCAUAGUUUUAUAAUUUCAACAUGCAUGUUGGUUGUCUCAUAUUAUUUACCAGAACUUGUGAGUUAAAUGAAAGAAAAACUAAAUGAUGUCUUACUAAAGUAAAAUUACGUAUUGCAUGUGACAUUAAUUUAUAUCAAAUUUUAAAUACACAUAUCUGUGUGAUGAUUGAUUCUAUUCUAGACUAAGGUAACUUAGAAUUUUGUUUUGUGAAGUUUUCUGUAUAAAUAUAUAGCACUAAUUUAACAUAGAAUGGGAACAUGUCAGAAAGAUAUUCUUUAACAAAGAUUUUUGAGAAUGUUUUUUUGUUGAAAUUUGCUUGAAAUUUUGCUUGUAAUUUAUAGCUUAGUUAUUCCUGAAAUUGGGACCAAAAUGCUGUUUAGUUGAAUGACAACCAGGUACUCUAUGGUUAAGAUGAGCUGGCCGAAAUUUCUCGAAAGUUCUUCACUUCAAGAAGUAUAUUUCAUUAAGCCAAAUUUCUUAAUUAAUCUUCAUUUUACUCAAUAAAAAUGAAUUUUCUUUUCCUUCCUAAAACUCUAAGAAUGAAUAUACUACACAAUUACACCAAAACAAAAAAGUGAGCUUAGUUUAGCUUCAUCCUGCUAUAAGGGAUUUUUUCUAGAAUUUGGGCCUGGUGUUUAAAACUAAAUGCUUGUAAAUGUGCUCAACAUGAAGAGCAUGUUCUAUUUGAGAGACCAGUUUGUUGAGAAUAUUCUCAAUGUUACAAUUCCGUCCAUUUUUUGAAGAAAAAGAUCUGUGUUAGAUCUUGAAUAUAUAUGUUUUAUUCAUUUACUUGUGAUUUGUUAUUAUUACUUAAAAAUCUAAUUAGUUUGUGACUCAGGUUGUGAGUAGUGAGAUGAAAACUACUGAUUAUCUUAACUUAUAUGAUGUCUUCAAAUCAAAAAAUAAAAAUACUGAUUAAUCCUCUUAUUAUUUUAUGUAUUAUACUUCUGUGUGGCCAGAAUUGUUUUCAUUAGAAAAAAAAAACUGUUGUAUUUUAAUAAGCAAGCAGGAAUCCAACAUGAUUGAAAUUGUUUAAAAUAAUUCGCUCCAUACGGCACAAACUUAUUGAAAAUAAAAUUUAUUUAUGACCUUAUUAAAGAUGUAAAAUGAA